ACCCCAGUAAUUUAUUUGUGAUGAUGGGCGCCACGAACCUCACCGGAACGAGUAAUACAAGGGUUAUAAUGCCUGUGAAGCAGUACUACGUCCACCCUACGUUUGAUCCAGUGGAAGCCUCUGGAGACAUAGCAUUGAUAGAACUUAAGAAUCCAGUGACCUUUAAUUCCUACAUUCAGCCAAUCUGCCUGCCGACUCCCAACCAGGAAUUUCCGGAUGGAAUGAAGGGCUGGCUUGCCGGCUGGGGGGCCCUAGGGGAAGGAGUGAAACUGCCCUCACCAUUCCCACAGCAGGAGGUGGAACUUCCUCUCAUAAAUUACACUGCGUGCAAUAAAAUUUUCCAGUCUAGCUUGAACUUAUCUUCAUCCACGAACACGGUGAUGAACACCAAUAUCUGCGCCGGCUACCCCGAGGGUAAAAAAGAUGGCUGCCAGGGAGACUCCGGAGGCCCCUUGGUAUGCCAGCUUGGUAGUUGUUGGAAUCUAGUCGGAGUUGUGAGUUGGGGAUCUGGCUGUGCCAGACCAAACAUGCCUGGGGUCUACACCAUGGUUUCCAGUUAUGUAACCUGGAUACAGAAGCAAACUAAUAUCAGUGGCGCCGCCACAUGUGAAAUGACAUUGACAACGCAUGCCACCACUGUCCAGCUCAACACUUUCACCACAAAGAAUAAAACAGGGGCCGUCCAGAUCUUCAACAUCUCAGAAACCAGCUAUGAAGGUGCCACAGGAGCCGGGGUGCGCCUGUCGGUGUCUGUGAGUCUUCUGGUUACUGCUGUUGUGUUCAGCAGAAUACUCUAACUGGACCUUGUGUAAGAAGACUCAUAUAUAGUGUAAAUACAUUAAGUACGAGACAAUAAGAAGAUUGAAGUCCAAUGUUCUAUGCUGAGCCCCCUCAUUUCUACACAACAAGAGCGCAUGAAAAUGGACGUGACUCCCCAAACAUGAAGUACAGAGCUUGGAACUUGUAGGUCACCCUUCGUGCCAAUUCUACCACACAGUGGGUAGCCGCUAUACCUACCUAUAAUGACUGGAAGAUGAGGCGCAGUGAUCAUGCAAUCAUUAUAGUCAACGUGGUGUCAUCCUAGUGACUGUACUGAU